UGAACCCUUGGGCAGUUGUGGUCAGUGGGUAGUGACGAUGAGUCUCGUCGGAGGAUAUUCCAUGCCGCAGAGUUACGGCCACGCCGCCAUGGGUGCCGCCUCGUCCCCGGAGGCCCUAUACUCGCCCUACUACUCUCAUCCGAGCCCCCCGGGGCAGACGCUGUACCCAGGAUGGGGCUACACCCCCUCGGGGUACUCGCCGGGCUACACGACGGAGGUGGCGUGCCCGGAGUACGGGGUAUCUGGGGGCUUCGUGCUGGGGCCGGGGUCGCCGCACGACCUGGGCGGCGACUACACCAUCGAGAUGGUGGACGGGUGUGGUCGUGUGGUGAAGCGGAGGUCGUCGGCCAACAAGAAGGAGCGUCGGCGGACGCAGAGCAUCAACAACGCCUUCGCGGAGCUGCGGGAGUGUAUCCCCAACGUGCCCGCCGACACUAAGCUCUCCAAGAUCAAGACGCUAAGACUCGCCACCUCCUACAUCGCCUACCUCAUGGAGGUCCUGCACGCUGAAGACGCCGCCGCCGCCGCCCACCACCACCACCACCACCACCCAGCGGCGCCGCCCACUGCCGCAGCCGCCCCUCCUGCCGCAGCCGCCGCCCCUCAACCCUUCAGGGCCCACCUGCCGCCCACACCUGCCACCACCAACCCUGCCGCAGCCGCCGCCCUUAAUGACAAGGUUAGUGCCGCCGCCCACCGUUAUUAUUAUUUCGUGGUGGAAGGUGGCCUUAAGAGGUUGUCGCCGCCCACGCCGCCCACCACCACCACCACGCCCACAGCCAGCCCUGAGUCCAAACGUGGGCGGACGGGCUGGCCGCAAGAAGUAUGGGCCCAGGAGCUGAAGAAGUAGACCCCUCCUCCACCCACGCCCGUCGCCGCCCAUGCCCACGCCAAGGAUAGAGGGGGGGGGGGUGUGGGUGUGUAGGGGGGGCAGAAAUACCCCCCCUUGGGGGGGGAGGGGGGGCGGAGGGACGGACAUGUCAAUUAAGUGAAAAUUUCACCGACAAAGUUCAAAUUUCUAGGGACCAGUGUGACGUGUUCACCCUCGUCACCUUAGACGCUACAGUGUGACGUGUACACCCUCGUCACCUUAGACGCUACAGUGUGACGUGUUCACCCUCGUCACCUUAGACGCUACAGUGUGACGUAUACACCCUCGUCACCUUAGACGCUACAGUGUGACGUGUACACCCUCGUCACCUUAGACGCUACAGUGUGACGUGUUCACCCUCGUCACCUUAGACGCUACAGUGUGACGUAUUCACCCUCGUCACCUUAGACGCUACAGUGUGACGUGUUCACCCUCGUCACCUUAGACGCUACAGUGUGACGUGUACACCCUCGUCACCUUAGACGCUACAGUGUGACGUGUUCACCCUCGUCACCUUAGACGCUACAGUGUGACGUGUUCACCCUCGUCACCUUAGACGCUACAGUGUGACGUGUUCACCCUCGUCACCUUAGACGCUACAGUGUGACGUGUUCACCCUCGUCAUCUUAGACGCUACAGUGUGACGUAUACACCCUCGUCACCUUAGACGCUACAGUGUGACGUGUUCACCCUCGUCACCUUAGACGCUACAGUGUGACGUGUACACCCUCGUCACCUUAGACGCUACAGUGUGACGUGGUCACCCUCGUCACCUUAGACGCUACAGUGUGACGUGUACACCCUCGUCACCUUAGACGCUACAGUGUGACGUGUACACCCUCGUCACCUUAGACGCUACAGUGUGACGUGUUCACCCUCGUCACCUUAGACGCUACAGUGUGACGUGGUCACCCUCGUCACCUUAGACGCUACAGUGUGACGUGUACACCCUCGUCACUUAUACCGUUAUCGUUUUCAACGUCAUUCUCGUCCCCAUCAUCAUCGGCUCGUCGCCAGGGUCGUCGCCAGACGGUCGUCCGUUGCCAGGGUCGUCGUCACAGUCGCCAGGGUCGUCGCCAGGGUCGUCGCCAGGGUCGUCGUCACGGUCGUCGCCAGGGUCGUCGUCACAGUCGUCGCCAGGGUCGUCACAGUCGUCGCCAGGGUCGUCGCCAGGGUCGUCACAGUCGUCGCCAGGGUCGUCGCCAGGGUCGUCGUCACAGUCGUCGCCAGGGUCGUCGUCACACUCGUCACCAGUGUCGUCGCUAGGGUCGUCGCCAGGGUCGUCGCCAGGGUCGUCGCCAGGGUCGUCGCAAGGGUCGUGGCGGCAGCACUGAGACCAACACCAGCCAUAAAGAAGGCACGGAACAUGCAGAUGACCGGACCGGAAGCCAUGGCUCCACGUGGGUAGGGAACACCUCAGAGAUUGGCUGUGAGACAGACCGGUUCGACCCCCGCCGGGUCUUGACACCACGGAAGGCCACGACACCACUGGGGACUGAGCCCUGGGGACUGAGCCCUGGGGACUGAGCCCUGGGGACUGAGCCCUGGGGACUGAGCUCUGGGGACUGAGCCCUGGGGACUGAGCCCUGGGGACUGAGCUCUGGGGACUGAGCCCUGGGGACUGAGCUCUGGGGACUGAGCCCUGGGGACUGAACCCUGGGGACUGAGCCCUGGGGACUGAGCCCUGGGGACUGAGCCCUGGGGACUGAACCCUGGGGACUGAGCCCUGGGGACUGAGCCCUGGGGACUGAGCCCUGGGGACUGAGCCCUGGGGACUGAACCCUGGGGACUGAGCCCUGGGGACUGAGCCCUGGGGACUGAGCUCUGGGGACUGAGCCCUGGGGACUGAGCUCUGGGGAUUGAGCCCUGGGGACUGAGCCCUGGGGACUGAGCCCUGGGGACUGAGCACUAUGAGAUGGUGGACUCAAGUCAUUCUCGGCGUGUGAGCGCGCGCGGGAACUCUCUCACCUAAACAUGUCAAGAUAUAUGGCAAGACACGACACAUCUUGUCCAGACAUGACACAUGUGUUGUGUGCACAUGACACAUGUGUCAUGUACACACUAACACCCUCCACUACCUAUGACACAUGUGUACUUAACACACACACAUAAACCCAACGAUAAUCGCACGUCUGAGAGCAAAAGUAUAUUGUCUUAGUGAACAUUAUUAUCAUACUAUUAUUAGGUUAAGUUUUUAAUUGGUAGUUUUGGGAGUCUGAAGAAGGUAUAUAGACUUAGCGGUGAUGUUAUUGGUCAAGUUAGAGAGGUAGUUAGUGUUGGUGGUAGUUACCAGUGGUGGUGGUGGUAUAGUUACCAGUCACCAGUGGUGGUACCUGGUACCACGAUGAAGACAAUGGUACCAUGAACCAAACAAUGGUACCAUGAACCAAACAAUGGUACCAUGAACCAAACAAUGGUACCACUAGUUAGACAUACUAACAUUAAUUCAUACAGUGUUACCAAUGAAUCUUGGUAUCAGUUGGGUAGUUACAGUGUUACCAGACAUUGGUGGUACCCUCCCUCCCCUACUGGCCGACCACAGUGUACCCUCCCCCCCCUCAAGUGUGGUACCUUUGCUGGACGAGCAGCGGGUACCACACCUACAAUGGUACCCUCUGGUAUGGUACAAAGUGUCAAGCAGUCUAGGGGCGGCUCUAGUCACAGUGUAAUAUGUUGUACAGUGUAGUUAGUGUAGCAUAGUAACCUGUAAACUGGUCUACAGUGUAGUUAGUGUAGCAUAGUAACCUGUAAACUGGUCUACAGUGUAGUUAGUAUAGCAUAGUAACCUGUAAACUGGUCUACAGUGUAGUUAGUGUAGCAUAGUGACCUGUAAACUGGUCUACAGUGUAGUUAGUGUAGCAUAGUAACCUGUAAACUGGUCUACAGUGUAGUUAGUGUAGCAUAGUAACCUGUAAACUGGUCUACAGUGUAGUUAGUGUAGCAUAGUAACCUGUAAACUGGUCUACAGUGUAGUUAGUGUAGCAUAGUAACCUGUAAACUGGUCUACAGUGUAGUUAGUGUAGCAUAGUAACCUGUAAACUGGUCUACAGUGUAGCUUGAGGUAGGAUGGUGACCUGUAAACUAGUCUACAGUGUAGUUUGAGGUAGGAUGGUGACCUGUAAACUGGUCUACAGUGUAGCUUGGGUAGGAUGGUGACCUGUAAACUGGUCUACAGUGUAGCUUGAGGUAGGAUGGUGACCUGUAAACUGGUCUACAGUGUAACUUGAGGUAGGAUGGUGACCUGUAAACUGGUGUGCAUUGUAGCUUGGGUAGGAUGGUGACCUGUAAACUAGUCUACAGUGUAGCUUGGGUAGGAUGGUGACCUGUAAACUAGUCUACAGUGUAGCUUGGGUAGGAUGGUGACCUGUAAACUAGUCUACAGUGUAGCUUGAUGUAGGAUGGUGACCUGUAAACUAGUCUACAGUGUAGCUUGAGUAGGAUGGUGACCUGUAAACUAGUCUACAGUAUAGCUUGAGGUAAGAUGACCUGUAAACUAGUCUACAGUGUAGCUUGGGUAGGAUGGUGUCCUGUAAACUGGUGUACAGUGUAGCUUGGGUAGGAUGGUGACCUGUAAACUGGUGUACAGUGUAGCUUGGGAAGGAUGGUGACCUGUAAACUAGUCUACAGUGUAGCUUGAGGUAGGAUGGUGACCUGUAAACUAGUCUACAGUGUAGCUUGGGUAGGAUGGUGACCUGUAAACUGGUGUACAGUGUAGCUUAAGGUAGGAUGGUGACCUGCAAACUGGUGUACAGUGUAGCUUGGGUAGGAUGGUGACCUGUAAACUAGUCUACAGUGUAGCUUGAGGUAGGAUGAUGACCUGUAAACUAGUGUACAGUGUAGCUUGGGUAGGAUGGUGACCAGUAAACUGGUGUACAGUGUAGCUUGAGGUAGGAUGAUGACCUGUAAACUGGUGUACAGUGUAGCUUGGGUAGGAUGGUGACCUGUAAACUAGUCUACAGUGUAGCUUGAGGUAGGAUGGUGACCUGUAAACUAGUCUACAGUGUAGCUUGAGGUAGGAUAAUGACCUGUAAACUGAUAAUAAAAUACAAUGAAUUCGA